AUCGCACUCGUCUCUACAUUCUCCUUUUUAGGGUUUUAUUUUGUCUACGGCGCUUUCGGUUUCGAAUAAUCAAAAGCUUCUCUUCUCUCCUCUAGAGGAUGAAUAAGCCCUUGUAAACUGCUAGAUGGAUGAAAACCCAUAUUACACAUUGGGUCAGUUAUCCAGCCAGAUGCCAAAUAAGUCUACGAAUAUUUCAAUUUUGUCCGAGCUGCACGAGGUUGUUUUACAGUCUGACUCCACAUGGAAAAAGGAAGAUCCUCAAAGGGACUUGUAUAAGGAUCCCAAAAGCACUCAUGAUAAUGGAUAUAUCAAAAACAACAUUGCCCAAAAUUUUAUUCAGAAAAGAAACCCUCAGUGGGAAUGGUGGACAUCUAACGAUGUAACUGACUUGAAAAGGCAACUAUCCAUGGAUGCUAAUUCAAAGGAGUACAUGAACCAGGAGAUGGUACCAGGUCAUGUGCAUAACCUAAUCCAGCGUGAGAAAUGUGACACUAAUUUCCAUCAACAAGUAGACCACUGUCUUGCUUCCUCAUUUUUGCCCACAUAUAUGGGAAUGCCGUCCUCAGGCAUGUCACCUGGUUUUUGGGGCUCAAAUUCUCAAUACCCUCUGGUUGAUUGUUUCAUGGCUGCCAACACCCAAUAUAACACUCCUACAACCAAGAACUUGAAUGAGUCUAGCUAUUUUGGAGGUAGCUCAGUUGGCUCUUGCAUUGGAUCUUCAUGUAAUGGAUAUAACGAGGGUGUUGUUGCUUGUGAUGGGAAUAUCAUAUUUUCAACAGCUAGUAUAAAUCAGGUUGCUGGGGAGGCGGUUCUUUCUCCAGACGAGAUCUCAUCCGCCACAGUAUGUUCUAAUAGGGAUGGCAGACCAACUGGCAGUAACUUACAACAUAUCUCUGAGUCAUCUUCAGAAAAAUUUAUUCAACCGCCUCACUAUGAUGAGGGUGAAUUUAAUUUGAUAAAAUAUGGAGGUUUUCUGGAGAGCAACCAGAAUGUUUAUAAUGUGGAUGUUCCAUCCUCAAUGGGAGGAAAUGCAGAGUUGUCUUCCUCAAAUAUGAGGAUCCCACAACAGAAUCCACAGAGGAUUCCUGAAACAUCUGAUAUUCUGCCACGUCUAAUCUUCAAUACAUCCAUGCCAACUCGUGAAGGUUUAUUGGAAUCUGAGCUUCAGGUGCUUCAACAGUUCCAGAAGCAGCUACAUGUACCUAGUGUGCAGUUGGAUGAGCCAUCUGAGGUCCAAUCAAAUUUAUAUUCAUUUGAAGAAGAAUUUGUUAAUCAAGUACCACACAAGGCAUCUAAGCUGGCCCAGCUCCCUCCAGAACAAUCACAUAAGGUCCAAAGUGUUGCUUCAGAAAGUUCUGCUGUGUUUCUUCGUGGUCCUACUGGUGCUGUCAAACUUGCCAAUUAUAGUGGUCUCUCUUGGCAUAGAUCAGGAACUGGCGAAGCAAAAAAUGACUUCUCAAGGGCAAUCUAUGAUAUAGAUUCUGAUGGCACCAGGUCUUAUGCCAUUGAAGAUUUGAAUCGUUCAAAACGUCUAAAGAUGGGGAAUUUCUUUUCAUUUCACAAUGGAGUUUCUCAGGCGGUUGCUCCUUCCAUCAUUCAACAUUGUGCCUCUGAACAACUUCCAGAUUUGGUGCAGUGGUCUGAAGCUCCAGUUCUUCAUGACGUAGAAGCACUGGAGGUGAACAAGGGAAUGUUAAGCCCCAUAAAGGACUGCACAAGCAUUUCUGUAAGAAGGAACGAUGUCAUUGAUAAUGCUCGGAGAUUGGAUGUCAACAAUGCGACUUUUAUUUCUGGAGAGGUCAUCAAUGCCCGUAAACAGGGGGGGAGAGAAUGUACAAGGAUAGGUGAGAUAAGAAUUGAUGACGCUGAUAAUUCUCAAGGACUGAACUCUGACAGUGGACCUCUUCACUCUGAAGGGUCCUCUAUUGGUCAUCAAGAGGAGGAGAUACAAGUCAGGCCCAAGUCUGAGCAGGUUAAAUCAGAAGUUCAAGGUAUUUUAGUUGCACCUGCAGCAGAUUAUGAAUUAGUAACGGAGUCAGAGGAGUCAAAGAUACUCGGUGUCUCUUUGGCCGAGUUUUUCACUGCAGAGCAAUUGAAAGAACAUAUAUCCAGUUUCAGUCAAUCAAUCGAUCAGAGUGGUAUGAAGGAAGUUAAAGAUAGGAUGGCAAGUUCUGUUCGUGAAAACAUAUGCCAGUUGUGUGGCACAGACAAACUUUUAUUUGCCCCAGAACCCCUGUAUUGCUCAUCUUGUGGUGUUCGGAUCAAGCGUAAUAUGAUUUAUUAUACGGCGAUGGAUGAAACGGGUACACAACAUUGGUGCUGCGCGUCAUGCUUCAGGGUUUGUCGUGGUAGUAAUAUCUCAUUUCAUGGGGUUUCUAUUUCAAAGGCGAAGCUGCAGAAGGAAAGGAAUAGUGAGGAAAAUGAAGAACCGUGGGUUCAAUGUGAUAAAUGUAAACUCUGGCAACAUCAGAUAUGUGGUCUUUUCAAUGCUGAAAGAGAUUUGGAAGGAACAGCAGAGUACAUUUGCCCCUGCUGCUGCUUAGAAGAAAUUGAAAAUGAAAAGCGUGUGCCCUUAUUGAAGGCUGCUACUUUUGGGGCAAAAGAUCUCCCAAGUACUAUGCUCAGUGAUCACAUAGAGAAAAGACUCUAUAGGCGUCUCAAGCAAGAGCGGGAAGAGAGGGCAAGAGUUUCUGGAAAAAAGGUGGAUGAGGUACCUGAAGCAGCUGAUCUUGUUGUCCGAGUGGUACUAUCAGUAGAGAAACAAAUAAAAGUGAAGCAGCAAUUUUUGGAUAUGUUUCAUGGUGAGAGUUAUCCUGCAGAAUUCCCAUUCAAAUCAAAGGUGAUUCUUUUGUUCCAGAAAAUUGAAGGUGUAGAUGUAUGCAUUCUUGGAAUGUACGUCCAGGAAUAUGGAUCAGAAUGUGACUACCCUAAUCGACGUUGUGUGUAUAUCUCGUAUCUUGAUUCUGUCAAGUACUUUAAACCCGAGAUAGAAACUGUGACUGGUGAAGCUCUUCGUACCUUCGUUUACCAUGAAAUAUUGAUCGCUUAUCUUGACUAUUGCAAGAAACGUGGUUUUGCAACCUGCUAUAUAUGGGCCUGCCCACCAAUAAAAGGGGAAGACUAUAUUUUGUAUUGCCAUCCAGAGACUCAGAAAACACCAAAGUCGGAUAAGCUGCGGCUGUGGUAUAAGUCAAUGCUGAGAAAAGCCACCAAAGAUAAUGUUGUUGUGGAUUACACUAACUUUUAUGAUCACUUCUUUAUUCCCACUGGAGACUUGAACACCAAGAUAACUGCAGCUCGACUGCCAUAUUUUGAUGGUGGCUAUUGGUCAGGCGCCGCUGAGGAUAUGAUAGGAGAUAUGGAACAAGAAAGUGGAGGAGGAUUGCAGGGGAAGGUGAAAAGACAACUAACAAAGAGAACUUUACAAUCUAUGGGGCAUAAUGAUUCUUCUGAUGAUCCGGCAAAAGAUAUAUUAGUGAUGCAGAAGCUUGGGCAAAUCAUCUUACCCGUGAAGGAAAACUUUAUCAUUGUCCACUUGCAAUAUACUUGCGCACACUGUCAUGAAGUCAUAUUAUCUGGAAGCAGAUGGUUUUGCAACCAUUGCAAAGAUUUUCAGCUAUGUGCAAGAUGUAUAGAUGCGGAGCAAAAUCUCUGUGGAAGGAAAGUACAUACUACCAAUGGUGGAGAAAAACAUCAUCUCUCUCAGGUUGUUGAGAAUGGUGUGCCCUUUGAUACUGAAGAUAAAGAUAUCAAUUUAGAUAAUGGUAUUCUUGAGAAUAGACAUACUUUGUUGAGUUUCUGUGAGCGAAACCAUUUUCAGUUUGACACACUUCGCCGCGCCAAGCAUUCCUCAAUGAUGAUCUUGUAUCAUCUCCACAAGCUGACUGCAGUAACGACGGGAACCACUUGCAGCAUUUGCUAUAAGGAUGUCCUGUUAAAUCACGGCUGGCAUUGUGAGAUCUGUCCAGAGUUUGAAGUGUGUGCUGCAUGCUAUCAAAGAAAAGGUGGUUCUUGUCAUAAUCAUAAUUUGACUCAGCGAUCAUCCAUAGCUAAGAGACGGGCGAUAAAUAAACAAGCUCAGCAGCAGAAAGCUUUGUGGGUACAGGAAGCACUGGAUGUUUUAAUGCAUGCCUCUAAAUGUCACACGACUAGAAGUAACCCCUGUUUAAAUGAUAAAUGCCGUCAAAUUCGAAAGAUUUUCCACCAUGCAAAGCAAUGUAAACUUCGGGCUUCUGGGGGUUGUAAAGUAUGUCAUAGAACCUGGUUGCUGCUGCAUUGGCACUCACGAAGUUGUAGAGAUUCAGAUUGCAGAGUGCCACGCUGCAUGGAUAUUAAGAAGCGUGCAGAAAUACUUGCAUUGCAGUCUAAAACUCAGUGAAAGGCUGCAGCUGCAGAGUUAGCAAGUGCCUGAGGUUGCUUAGGAGCUGUUGAUUAUCCCAAGUGUACAGUUGUAGCUGGAUCGUCGACUGCAGCAACCGCUUAUACAUUGGACACAGCCACAAUUUUGUUCAUACUUUUAAGUGGCAAACCUUCAUCAAAAUUAACAACAAUUUUAUUAAAAUAAAUUUGAUAUCAAAAUAAAAUUGAUAUUAAUGGGAAGGAAAGCGAUGUUUCUGUGUAUAUAGAAAGAAAAGCACAACAGGAUUUAGCUUAUAGCUUACAAUCAACUUGGUAUAUUUAGGAUCUGAACUGAUUCAAAGCACAAUUCAUUGUUUAUAGUGGCUUUUU